AUGGAAGUUCUCGACAUCGCAGAGUCCAUUGCCCAAGUCCUGGUCUACGAGCAGUACAAUGGCCUUGUCAACACCAAGGUCGUCGUCGGCCCUUGGACCCUCGAUAACGACUCGUAUAACCAGCUCGUCGCGGAACUCAGUCGUUACCCAGAAAUCGAUACCGACCGCCUCAAGCUAGAACAUGACCCCGAUACCCAUGUGACGGAGCUCAAGAUGCCAAACGCGACUUCCUUCCACGACGUCUUUGCCCGCAACAUGGAGGAAACGAUCCGCUUUGCCGUCGCAGAGAACCCUCGUCUACGCCACCUCUACAGCUCAAUCCAGGGCCUCGGAUCCACGCCCGUCCGUCUCGUCAGUGGCAAGCAGCAGUACCCCGAUGGAAGUCUCUGCAAGAAGGGAGUCGAUUGCAACGCGCGUAUGAUCCUCGAGGUCGCCUUCUCGCACCCACGAACCCGCUGCGAGCUAGCCGACAGAUGUAAGAGCUUCAUCACUGGCACCCACGGCUAUACCCGCACCGCCGUCGCUCUUGACAUCUUCUAUGAUCCGGCGAACCCUACCGACUACGACGCUAUUCUCGAGAAUCUCGAUAACUGCUUUGUAGCGGUCUGGGUGGCGGUUCCCGGUCCCGAUGCUAGCGACUCGGCUAUCGUGGGCGCUGAAUGCGUUCUGCACUGGACGCCCCUCUCCGAUCCCAACGCCCACCUACGUCUUUGGAUGCCGGAUUUGAUCGGCCAAGAGGGUGACAAUGGUAUGCACAGCCUGGAAGAACGUCCUCUCUCCUCCGAUCUCGACGGCGGCACAGUCGCAGCACCCAUUGCCAUUCCCUUCUCUGUCAUCUCCGAGCAGCUACGAGACGCGGUCGUCUUUGCUACCAGACAAACGCGACAAACCUUGAAAUGCCAUGCCAACCAAGCGCAAGCGCCUCCCCCCGCCCUUCCGCCCUUUAGCUCUUCCACUUCUCCUCCGAAGCAGGCCUAA